AUGACCGGUCUUGCUAUCGCCAUGCUAUCGAUAGACUAUCUAUUAUUAACCGAUAGUGGCGUAUCGAUCGGCACCACUACAAAAAUCCUAGCCGAAGAAGCAUGCCUGUGCUUUAAAUUUGGCCUGAUUUGGAGCACCGCCAUGGUGUUGUUUAACCUCCUAUAUAUCAUCGUUGCGCCGCUACGUUUCUCGUACAUCCUGCCCACCGAGCCUCCGGAACAUGCAGACCUGGACCAUGUUAUACUGGCCUUGCAAAUCGUGUGCUUCUUUGAUAUCAUUCUCAAGUUGAACAUUGGCUACUUGGAUAAAAACGACAAGCAUAUCGUCUUGAGCAGAAGCAGAAUUGCAUGCCGGUAUUUCUGCCGCUGGUUUCUGAUCGACCUUGCCUCCUGCCUGCCUCUCGCAUACACGAUACCCUGGAUCUCACUAGGGUUGAGGCAUCAAAUGUUCUUCCGUCUUCUACCGUGUAUACGCUGCGCUCGUCUUUUCACCAUACUUAAUGAUUUCAAGGUUUUUACACAGAUUUUCAAGAUGUCCUAUAUUUGGCAACGGUGUUCGCGUCAUUCGCUCAUGUUCGCCGUUUCAAUGCAUUGGUGCAGCUGUGUACUGUACUUAGCACCACUGUUCCACUUUUAUUGGCUUGGGAAGAAGCCUGAAGGCUAUUGCCUGUUUUUAGUGCAACAGCGAGGGGACCUCACCCUGUGCAGUGCGUCAUUUCGCUAUCAGAAGGCCAUUUUCGUUUCUUGUGCCGCAUUUUUUGGAACCGGGUACUCCAUGUUUAAGUCUACGUUUGCUGUCGAAAUUGUGUUGAACGCAUGCGUCAUUCUCUACGGCUCUGGGUUUAUGGUGUACACAUUGGUAUUACUUCUGAAGAUUUAUGUGACGAAGUUCAAAUCUACGAUGCGAUAUCAAGAACUUAUGAACCAAGUGGAAAAAUACAUGCGACACAAGCAAUUCCCGCUGCAGAUGAAGACAAGAGUCCGCGACUUCUACAACUACAGAUACCAGGAGCGCUACUUCUUGGAAGACAUCGCUUUGGACUGUCUCUCAGAGCAACUUCGCAACGAGAUUACCCUAGAUACCUGCCACAAGCUGAUCGACAAGGUAUCGCUGUUCGACGGCCUGCCCGCCAGCGUGGUGGGCGCGGUGCUGGGAUGUCUCAAACCAGCUGUGUACAUGCCCAACGACCUGGUGGUGCGCGCUGGAGACAUAGGGCUCUGCAUGUACUUCAUUGCCAGUGGAACUGUCGCCGUUUACUCGUUGAAAGGCGCUGAGGUGUGCCACCUUGACGACGGCGCGCAUUUCGGGGAAGUAGCGUUGCUGAUGAAGGACCGCAAACGAGUCGCCACCGUCGUUGCUAUCGAAAUUACGCAGGUGUACUGCCUUGAAGCCUCUGACUUCCGAGACUUUGUAAUGACUUAUCAAGAGCUGUAUGAGCGAGUUGAAAUGUUGGCAUCAAAACGGAUGCAUGAAACUGUACUUAUUGAUGAAGCAUAUAAACAACGACAUCCAUUUUAAAAUAAUAUUUAUCAUUAGGUACUUUUUUUUGCCCAUGUUUCAUCUUUUAAUUAAUUUCCAAUUUUAAGGAAGGUUGAGCUUGCCUUUGCCCAAAUAAUUACAACAAUUAAAUAUAAAAAAAUACUA